CCUUGCUCUGCCCUCUGCCCUCACCCUCCCCAUCCAUCCCCUGGCUGCAGUCAUUGGAGAGACCAUAAUGAGAUAAGUGUGAGCUCACGGGCCCGCUAUUUAACCCCUGCACCCAGGGCAUAAGCAAUAGCUAGUGGCUGAAAAGGAGACACAAGGGCAGGUAAAUUAGUGUUUGGUAAGAAAGGGCAGAGCAGGCUUUGCCCAGGUCGUGUAUGGGGAUCUGUGAAAGGGGAAAGAAGAGCAGGAGCUGACCACAGUGAAACAAACUCAGAGUAAGUUAAAUACAGCUUCCCUUCACUGUUCAUUCCAUGAACUCUGUCACUUUAUGUGCUUCCCUUGCUGUCAUUCUCUCUUAUUCCAAAGGUGGAUUCUCUGUGACCAAAUCCUCCGUUAACUUAUAUUUUAACCCUUGCUGUUGAUCCCUUGUUUUUUCAAAUUGUUGCUUGUUAAAUGUGUUUUGCUAUUUGCACUUUUAGACAUUGUGUCACCAAUACUUUUUGAAACCGCAUGGAAAAGAAAGAGGUGGAAGUCUGAAAAUUUGGUUUGUCUUGUCCUAACCAAUUUAUGCUAGUUAUGAAAGCUGCUUUAAAUGGUAUUGUCUAAAACUUUUAAUUGAUACAUACUUACCAAAAACAGAAAAGUGGUCUCAUCCUUAAUUGACAGGACUGAUACACACAUUAAACAGUCUGCUUACGAAUUAAUUCUGCCUGUCUUGUUAUGGUUGAUAUUCUUUGUUAAUUAGUUGGUUUGUACUGUGUAAGCAGUGCAUGUGUGCACAAACCUGUGAUAAGACCAGGCUGUUUGAAUAUGGAUGAGUGUAAUCUUAGUGUAAUGAAUAAAACAGCCUUACGAAUAGGUGAGUGACCAAUUUAUCAAAAGAAGGUUAAAGGUAAUAUGUAUCACUUUAAAUGUCAAAACUUGAAGUUACAGGUACUGAGACAUUCUGGGUUAACAGGACAAGAGUUCCUUCUCAGAAAACUCUUUUUACACCUGCGGAAUAAUGUUUUAGGGAAAUGGAAUGGUAUCAUUUCGGUUAUAGGACAUCACUUCUCACAAGGAGUAUCAGUAUACAUGUUUAGAUGUGUGCAAGAAUGCCCAAGUGGAUAAUUAGUAUCUCCUUAAUGAGGUUAUAGUAUUCUUCACUAAGCUGCUAUCUUUUUCUGAAUAUGUAUUUCCUCUAUCUAUGACUAGGUACUGUGGCCCAAUGGUGUGGGACAUGAGUGAACACACUCAAUAAGUGUUAGAGAGAAUGUUUAUCAUUAGCCACUAUUCACACCCCUUUUAUUAUAUAUAUAUAUAUAUUACUCCAGCUUAAAAUACAAAUUUAUAUACAAAUCUGCUAAUUUUUCAGUUUGAUUCUCGUGCUCUUGAUUGUAUGCUGCUUUUAAUCUAGAGUUGUAUUUUAUUUCACAUUUGCCCUUAUUCAUCCACUUAUUUUCACACAUUUAUUUAAGCAUAUUGGAGAUAUAUGCUCUGGGGUCUGGAAGGGGAGGGGUGGAGCAAGAGUUGUCAGACAGUAUCAUUCAGAGCUGAGGGCUAAAUCCAGGAUAAUACCAAGCUCAAAGACGGAAUUAUCUGCACGUUAAGGGACAAGUGAGGUCUUCAGAAACAUAUCCCUGUGUGUGCAUUGUACAUAAUUAUAUAGUAGUUACUGUACAUUUUAACUGAACAAGAGUUUCUGUUUUUACUUUAAAAAUGUUUUGUACUAUAUUGAUCACAUAUAUGCAUUCGUAUGUAUGUAUAUAUUUAUCCAUAGCUGCCAUUUUUAUGAAUUUUCCUGACACAAAAUGGGGAUUUAGUAGAAGGAGCAAUCUGAGGCAAAUGAUAAAGAUGGGAACAAACAGCCUGAACAUUCCGUUGGUUUCUGUGGUGAUUUUUCCACUUUUAGAACUUGCUCCAUAGUUCUUUUUAUAUAACCCUGACUCUGAGAGCCCAAAAUUUGUAUUAAAAUCAAACAACUAAUUCUUGAAGAUUCUGAGUAUAAAUUUGACUCAAGUACCCCAUAUUACUUCUGUUGUGUACCGAUGUGACAAUAAUAUCUUGUUUUAGUAAAUUGGCUCUACUGAAGUCUUAUUGAGAUUGGAAGGUUAUUGCUGAAUUGAAAAUUCUCAUCAUAGUAUUCAAUGUUCAUCCUUCCCUCCGUGACAGUAGUCAGAAAUAUAAAUCAAUUCAAAUUGAUAAUUUAGAGCAGAGGUGCCCAAAAGGAAGACCCCCAGAUGUUUUAAAACUACGACUUCCGUGAUGCUCUGUCAUUCUAAAGGCAUAGGGGUUGUAGUUCUACAACAUCUGCAGAUCUUUCUAUUGAGCAUCCCUGCUUUAGAGUAUAUAUUUUAAAUCAUCUAUGUGACAUUCUUUAGUGCUCCAGGACCUUUUGUGUUUGUGAAAAUAUUUUUGUUGCAUUCUGGAACAAUUUUCAAAGAUUGUUUCCUAGUGUCCCAAGAUAGAAUAACCAGGCGGGUGUUAUUUCAAAUCUCUCCAGAGCAAAUGAGAGGCAUAAGAGAGAGAACUUUCCAGGUAUAACUAGCAACAGUGCUAGUUAUAGAGAUGCGGUAUAGCAAAGAGUUUCCAGCUUGUAUGUCACUUAAUGUUGUCUAUAGAAUGGUAAAUCUAUCUGAUUUAUAUAACUCUAUAUUUAAUACAAAAUUGAAGCAAUUCUAGGACAUAAACCAGUGUAUCAAUUAUCACAAACAUUCCAUCAGUUUCUGUUAUGAGUGUGCCAGAACGGUUCAACGGCCUUGAUAAAUGUGACACACAAUGUUGUUAGAAUAAUUGGAGCUUUUCUGAUUGCUGUUACUUUAUGACCAACUUUCAUUAGAUGCUAAUUUACAAUAUCUCUGUGUUUUCAAAGAUGCCGUAAGUAAACCUGAUGACACAGGUUACAUCUAAGUUACCUAUUUCCAUUAGGCUUUGACUUUCGUUCUUUUGUUGAUAUAAUGUUCCAAAAUAGCAAAUUUUGCCUUACUUUGCUAUGAUAGUUUUUCUGAAUGUCCCCAAAAUACCUGUUCACUCUCUUCCCAGAUGUUUUCUCUGUAAUUAUCUUAUCCUUUUUGCCCCAACAUAUUUAAUCUACACCUGUAGUUCUCAAAAUUUCACCUACACCUGUAGUUCUCUCUUCCCAGAAAUAUUUUAGAUUCCAUCUUCAUUUUGUUCCUUUUUUUCCACAGAUGUCGCUCUCUGAUCUCCCCAGCACUCCUUUGGCCCUUGAAUACCUCAAUGACUUUGAUCUGAUGAAGUUUGAGGUGAAGAGAGAGCCUCCUGAACCACGGGCCACCAGAAUGGCCCCUCCACCUUCCCUUGGGUCAACACCUUGCAGCUCAGUGCCACCUUCACCCACCUUCAGUGACCCUCCUGAGUCAGCAGGCCCCCCUCGUCCUAGUUUGGAAGAGCUUUAUUGGAUGGCAGCUUUACAGCAGCAGAUGGGUGGAGAAGGACUACCACUUACCCCUGAAGAUGCUGUGGAGGUGCUGAUGGGAGGUGCUGGAGCACCCGCUCUUCAGGGGCUGGAUGGUGGGUAUAGGACAGGAGGGCCCCACCCACAUAACUCACACCCUUCUAGUUAUCUCCUGAGCCCGGAAGAAAUGAAUGCACAGCAACAUCAGGUGAGCAAACAAAAGUUUGCAAACUAACGUAAGAAAAUCAACAGUGAGUAAAAAAACAACAACAUCAAUAAGAAACAAAUAACAGUGUGAUGAAAGUAUAAGGUUUCUUUAAAAAGAGUGAACAUGAACUGAAAAGUGGAAAUGAGCAUCUUACAUGUGAAAGGAUACAAAACGGGUGAUAAGUAGUAAAAAAGUGACUUGGAUGCCCCUGGGUGAUCAUGUGCCAUUAAUAGUAUGUGAUGACACAUGAAUCAAUAUCUGUAAAGUGUAAAGUCAAACUGCAGUGUAAUUGUAUGUCUCUUGGUAAUAUAUAAACUUCCCAAAUCCACCACAAUGCAACUCUUAUUAGUAUGUAAACAGCUGUAGAGAGUUUAAAUGUAAUUUGGGACCCCAGGUACACAAUGGGCAGAUAUGUGAUAAUGUACCAUGUGAGUUUAUUUGUGUUUAUCUACUGGAUAUACGUGGCACUUUGAGUGACAGGAUUUGUCAGUACAGUUAUAGCCACAAAGCCGGACAUGUCACUGAUCACUUAAUCUGCUAAUAUCAAGAGAUUGAGAAGAAGAGGGAAGGAGUGAUCGAGGGGAGGUUGGCAGUGGAAACAGAAUGAGUAUUGGUUGGAGUAUUAACGAGAGAAGACUAUGGAGAGUGGCAGUGAAGAAGGCAGUAGUGAAGUAGAAUAAAGAACAGUAGUGUGAAAUGGAGGGAAGCAGUAAAUAGUUAUCAAAUAAUAAAAGACAAUUACAGUGCAAAAAGAAAGAAAACAAGCCAUAGAAGAGUUUGUAUAAGACAGGCGUGGAUAUAGAACACAGAGGAAUCCAGAUUGAAGAUCUAUUCAAGUGAUAUAGAUGUUGAAAAGAAAAGUGAUAGAUCUACAAACAUGGAAGAGAAAAGGGGUGAUUGAUGAAGCCUGUAAUUUCCAAUGUUAAUCUUAUCUCUAACUAGUGAUGUCCCGAACUGUUCGCCAAACGGUUCGCGAACGGUUCGCCACGAACGGUUCGCCACGGACUCAUCAUUGAGUAAACUUUGACCCUGUACCUCACAGUCAGCAGACACAUUCCAGCCAAUCAGCAGCAGACCCUCCCUCCCAGACUCUCCCACCUCCUGGACAGCUCACUAAGAAUGCAGCUUCACAAUGGAUGCUGUCCAGGAGGUGGGAGGCUCUGGGAGGGAGGGUCUGCUGCUGAUUGGCUGGAAUGUGUCUGCUGACUGUGAGGUACACGGUCAAAGUUUACUCAAUGAUGAGUCCACGGUGAACCAUUCGGCGAACAGUUCGGGACAUCACUAUCUCUAACUAUUUAUUUUUACUUUUCCAAUGUUUUAUAUUAUUUUGGCAGCAAUGUUGUAUUAUUGAGUGAUGGAAAAAUGAGUAAAUAAAGUAAAACAGUAUUUGAAAACAUAAUGCAUAUACAUCAUAUAUUUAAUAAAGUUAAGUGAUGGAUAUUGCCCUAUUUAUUAAGAGAUCAAAGGUGUUUAUAUAUAGGCUAUAGGGCUGUGGGAAGAAAGGAGCUAUUGAGAAGAGAAACAAAAUUAGAGAACAAAAACACCAUAGAGGUGUAAUUCUACUAAUCUACAAAAUGUUAUUCUUCUAAAUAUUUUCUCUUUUAGUGUAGACCUGUAGUUCCACCAUUCCCACUGGACACACAUGGAAACUUCAGGAAUGACAGACUUGUGCCACCAGCAUUUAGGUUUAAAGGAACACUAUAGGGUCAGGAACACAAACAUGUAUUCCUGACCCUAUAGUGUGAAGACCACCAUCUAGCCUCCCUGGGCCCCUCAUGCCUCCCUAAAUAUAGCAAGGGGGGCUAGAUGGUGUAUUCAAGCCUGAAGAUGCUGGCUCUGCCCUGUCUGCCUCAGACCAGCAAGCAGUCUGCUGACAUCAUCAGAAGUGGUAGCCUGAUCCAAUCACAACGCUUCUCCAUAGGAUUGGCUGAGACUGACAAGGAGGCAGAUCAGAGGCAGAGCCAGUACAAUUUAAACACAGUCCCGGCCAAUCAGCAUCUCCUUAUUGAGAUGAAUUGAACCAAUGAAUCUCUAUGAGGAUAGUUCAGUGUCUGCAUGCAGAGGAAGGAGACACUGAAUGUUGGGAUGCAUUUUAGGCAGCCAUGACCCAGGAAGGAUCUCUAACAGCCAUCUGAGGAGUGGCCAGUGAAGUUAUCACUAGGCUGUAAUGUAAACACUGCAUUUUCUCUGAAAACAGUAUUUACAGCAAAAAGGCUGAAGGUAAUAAUUCUACACACCAGGACAAAUUCAAUAAGCUGUAGUUGUUCUGGUGACUAUAGUGUCCCUUUAAUGCCAAGGAUCGUUUGACAGAUGGCCAAAACUUUAAAAAGCAAUAAAGUAAAAUCUAUACAUGUGCUAGCAUAUCUGCUAGCACAACGUGCAGAUGAAAUUCAUUGCUCUUUAUUUAAGCCCAAGUUGUGUGCACCAUGCCAUGUACACUUUAAUUGAUAUACCAAUUGUUCUGCGCAUUAUAUGUAAGCAGGAUUAGCAUACACAAAGCUCUCCAGCAGCUGUGUUCCUCCAAGUCUACUGAUAUUUUGCCAGCCUUUGGAUAUCACUAUAGAUUAAAGGAACAUUCUGAGCAACAUAACCACUACAAUAUGCUAAUGGUUUGACAAUUUAUCUACUGGGCGCUGGUCUUUGGGUUAAGCUCAGCGGAGCAGGGUCUAGCUCAUAGGCUGAGAAUGAUGAUCUGUCACUUCCAGCCAUUGAGCUGGCCAUGCACAGCAGAGUUUAGCUCAGAAGAACUAAUAUAACUCAUUGUAUUCCAUAGAGGUAGUGAAUGGCGCCUAACAGACACCAGGGAUGAAGCCAAACAAUUUGCAAGUGGUGUGACAACUUGCAAAGUUGGGGGAGGGGGCACUAAGCCUGCUGUAGAGAUCAUGGUACUUGGAGUGUAACUUUUACCUGGGGAGCUAAUGAUUGGCUACCCCUGAUGUAGGAAAAUGUGUUAAAACCAAAAGACAUUUGCUAGUUGUAUCUAAUUCUCUAGAGAAAAUAUAUAACUGAUCUGAAUAGUAGACAUUUACUGAGUUUUGGUAAACUGUGGAACUUUCUUUACACUAACUUUAACAGACUGUGCUUCAUAGUACAGAAAAUGUGUUCAUUUUCUUAAUGCAAUUUCUCGCUGUGUUACUGUUAAGCCCAUUUUGCAUGCCAUCCACACUGUAGUCAUUAUGUGUUUUAACAUUCUCUUUUUAUUCCUCAGUUAUCUCCCCUGUCGGAACGCUUCUCUGAUGAGCAAUUAGUCGGAAUGUCUGUAAGGGAGUUGAAUCGUCAACUUCGUGGAUUCAGCAAAGAAGAAGCUUUGCGACUCAAGCAGCGCAGGCGCACGUUAAAAAACAGAGGCUAUGCCCAGUCCUGCAGGUACAAACGAGUGCAGCAACGCCAUGUCCUGGAGACGGAGAAGUGUCAGCUGUCUCGUCAGCUUCAGCAACUUCAACAAGAAGUGGCUCGUGUGACCCGUGAAAGGGAUGGCUGGAGGGCACGAUAUGAGAAACUACUGAGCGCCACAGGAGGGGGGACAGGGGCAGAUGUGUUGGGUACAGGGGGAGACACAGGGCCUGGAGCUGAGCUCUUCCUGUGAUUCCAAAACUUAGAAGACUGAAUUCAUAUCAGAGGAGCUGCUGCCAUCCAGGAGAAUGACCCACCUCUGAAAAAAUAGAGAAUCUAACCAUAACAGUACCUAUAAUCCUGGAACUCUAAAAUGAGACACUUUGACACACUGAAAAGUUACACCCAAGCCCAUUAUUUCAUAGAAGGGAGGAAUCAUGCCACUGAUGGCUUGUCCCUGGUAAACAUCCCUCAGAUGGAAUAUGAAACCUCAAACGUAUCAAACAUAUAUACCCCUAUGCCUCUACAGCAGAUACCCCUGCAUUUCAACUAUCCUGCUUUCAAUCUCGAAAACCCUCAUCUUGACAUAGCUGGGGUUUAUGGAAAUCUUCAACAGACUUUGUUCUGCAUCUCAUUUUUUUAUUUUUUUAUUUCUUUCACCAUGUAUCUCAGGCUCUCUGGCAAAAAAUUGCACUUUUACAUUAAAAUGCCAUUUUUCUCUCAGCUACUUCCCUAUAUCUUCUCUGUGUUGGUCUCAUAAGAUACAACCACUGCCACAACACCAAAACAUAUAGUGACCCAUGAGCAAAACGUAAGCUCCUGACCAUCAGUUGUGGGACUGGCUGAGCCUGUCCCUGACACAUAGAGCCUCCCUAUGCUUUUCUUCUUUCAUCUUCCACUACUAUGUAUCCCCUUGCUGGGGGAAGAUAUCAAAAUAUUAUGAUUUUAAUUGAGAGAAAGAAAGUAAAUUAUUGCAUUUUUAUGUGUGUGAUUGUGAGUUUAAAUAAAAUGCAACACUUUGCAGGCUCCUCUCCCUGCACAGAAGGGGCAAAGCUAGUGUGUUAUUAGGCAAAACUGGCUGUGUGUUGUGAACAGUUUUAAGAAUUGUUUUUCUUCUACUUAUUAUUAUUAUUAUUAUUUUGUAUACAAAAAACUAC